UUCCAACCUGGACGACUCUAUGGUUCUGCCAGUGCGGGGAGGGGGUGGCGUGAGCUGGGAGCGCCCCGUCAGUGGUGGACAGCCCCUGCUGGGGACGAGCAGGGCCCCCCGAAGGGUACGGUGUGUCCGGCGGGCUGCCCGCGGAGUCCCGCUGUGGGGCGGGCCCGGCGCCAUCCCAACCCCGCCGCCGCCAUUUUCGGUCUCCCUCAGCGGCGAAGGCGCCGCGCGCCAUUGGCCGCUGCCGUCACGUGACAGCGGCCCCCUCGCCCCCGGCACCAGCGGCUGGCGGCGGGGCCGGCCGGGACCGGCGCAGGUACCGGGCCGGGGGGGGGAGUAGGGGGGGGAGUGUUGCCCCGGGGAUCCCCCGGCGGGACCCCGCCGCGCUCGGCCCCCCCAGCCCGGCGGCUGCACUCACUCCCCCGCGGCCGCAGGGGUGCCCGGUCGGCGGGGAGCUGCCGGUUCCCAAGCCCCUCCGGUAAAGCCCAGCUCGCUGACGCUCCCCGUUUCCUUUCCCGGAGCAGGACCCCCAGGAGCGGAGCCGGAGAUGAUCUCCCACAUGGAUCAACCGGAGGAGCGGUGGUUCUCCCGCCUCCACGCCUACCGAGGGACGAGCCUUCCCGGGGGCACCUGUCCAGGCCUGGAUGCAAUAGCUGCAGACAAGUGGAAAUGCCUUCAUGGUGAAUAGCAAAGUUCCAGUUUUUGUUCCUCUCAAGGGAUGAUUUUAAUGAAAACUAUAUGAGGGAAGAAGUGGCAUCGCUACCACACCAAACUGCCAUAAAAGCAGAAGAUGGGAUUGUGAGCAAGAAAGAGGAAGAUGCCCACCAAGGCAUCCCCAGGCCAGUGGAGUCCAUGGGUUUACUCUUGGGACUCUCCAAGCAGAACAGUUCCCAGAAUCCUGCACAGGACCCGGUCCUCCCACACAGGUCAGAAAGGGUUCAAAGACCUCUGGGGAAGAGGCAAAGCCGGGUGACACUGUGUGGAAAAAGUUUCCGGAGACUGCCAGAUAUUAUCCAGCAGAGAAAUCCUUCUGCAGGAAGACUGACAAUAUGUGGGGACUGUGGGAAGAGCUUCAGGGUGAGCUCCAACCUCAUCCAGCAUCGGAGAAUCCACACCGGAGAGAAACCCUUCGCCUGCACUGAGUGCGGGGAGAGUUUCCGGCAGCGGUCGCAUCUCAUCCAGCACCAGAGAAUCCACACAGGGGAGAGGCCCUAUGCGUGCUCCGAGUGCGGAAAGAGCUUCAGCAUGAGCUCGAAGCUGAUCCGGCACCAGGUAACCCACACCGGGGAGAAGCCUUACAAGUGCUCUGAGUGCGGGAAAAGCUUCUCCGGGAACUCUCAGCUUGUCCAGCACCGGCGAGUGCACACUGGGGAGAAACCCUAUGAGUGCAGCGACUGUGGGAAGAGUUUCAGCGUGAGCUCGGCCCUGACGCGACACCAGCGGGUCCACACCGGGGAGAAACCCUACGAGUGCACGGAGUGCGGGAAGAGCUUCAGCCAGAGCUCCGAGCUCAUGAAGCACCAGCGGGUCCACACCGGGGAGAAGCCGUAUGAGUGCUCGGAGUGCGGGAAGAGCUUUACCGUGAGUUCAGCUCUCAUCCAACACCGGCGGUUCCACAUGGGCGAGCGUCCUUACAGGUGCACCGAGUGUGGAAAGAGCUUCACUGUGAGCUCCCACCUCAUCCAGCACCGCCGCUUCCACACCGGGGAGCGCCCCUUUGAGUGCACCGAGUGUGGGAAGAACUUCCUGUGGAGAUCAGCCCUGCUCCGGCACCACCGGGUCCACACAGGGGAGAGGCCCUACGCCUGUGCCGACUGUGGGGACAGCUUUCGGCAGAGCGCCCACCUCAUCCAGCACCGGCGCAUCCACACCGGGGAGCGUCCCUACGCCUGUGCUGACUGCGGGAAGGGCUUCACCGUGAGCUCUGCACUCCUCCGGCACCAGCAGAUCCACAGGGGAGGGGAGCCCUAGAAGGGGGGAGCACAGGGAACAGUUAGGUCCGAUACCCUGGGAGCAUCCUUGUGGAAGCAAAGCCCAGUGUUCCUCUCCCUUUGCCCUGUCGGCCGCCCUGCUUGCGGUGGGUGAAAGCAAUUUCUUUUUAGGAGAAUGAGUCCUAAAAGAGAGAGGUGGAAGAAGGGGAGAGUCGGUGCAAGGAGCGGAAUUGGAGGUUUGGGGAAGAGCGCGUGCCACAGCAGGGGCAGGAGGUGGUGUCUGGAGGGUCUAGCUCCUGGGAGAGGGAGAGGAAAUAGUUUGAAAAGGCUGGAAUGUACUUGGUGGUGUAUUUUAAAAGAAGGAAAACACCUUGCCUUUUCUCCUUUUGGACAAUUUAUGGAGGGAACAAAAUGGACCAUCGUAGAGCCUGCGACUCUCCUAUCAGAUAAACGAAAGCCCUGGCGUUCCCUCCCUGACGCUGCUGCGGCCAGAGGCUCGGAAUUACCGUCCUCAGCCCGGGGGCUGGGCCUGUGGCAGGGGGAAGCCAAAAGCCCUGGCGGCCCUGCCGGUGGGGAUGGCAGCGGGGGGUUGGGGGGGCGGCUCCCGCGGGACCCCAACGGUGCGAUCGGUUCUAAAGCUGCCCAAUAAAGCCGCGGUCACAAACCGGCGCCUCCGCCGUUUCCCGUUUACCACACCGCCCUUCCCGGUGGCCCCUGCGCCCGCACGCGCCGGAUGUCCCCCUCCCCGCAGGGGGCGGGGCCUGGAG